AUGACAGCAACAAACAACAGCAACAGCAACUAUAUCAUUUCUGAUGAACAAGUUAUUGAUUCAUUAGCUGAGGAAUUAGUUGUGGCAGAAACUAAAGCCCUCAACGAAAGAAUUGGUGAAAACAAGAUUGAUUUACAUAACUACCUCAAACAUGAUGGAGGAAGAGGAAGGAAAACUGGUACAGCUUUAUUAGUAAAUAAAAUUUCAAAUUUAACGAUUAUAGAUGUUGAUAUCAAUAAAUCAUACAAUGAUGAACUUAAAGAAACAGUUAGAAAAGACAUUUUAUCAAAACUUUCGGAUAAAGAUGUUAUCGUUAAAACUGCAUCAGGAGGUCUUCACAUUUAUUGCAACACUAAUUUCUUCUAUUCAACCUCGAACAGAAUGAUUAAAUGUUAUUCCUGCAAUGAUUAUGAUAUUGAUAUCAUGACUUCUAUUGAUGAUUCAAAGCGUUCUUUAGUGGUUAUGGCUGAUUCAAGAGUUCGCAAGAAUGCAUCAGAACCAAUCAAUACAUACUCAUUCAUUCGUGGAAGUUAUGAUUCAACAUUAACCAGAACAGUAAACGAUAUAUUAAAUGAUUUGAAUAUUAAGGUAAGAGUUGAACAGAAGAACGAAGAAAUAAAGACUAUCAUGAAUGAAAACAAAGAUGUAAACAUUGACGAUAAACUUGCCCAGAGCAUAGUCGAUGGCAUCUGUGAUUUUGAAGUACAUAAUGAUGGUGGAAACAUGAAUUUAGAAAAAGA